UAACAACCAUCCAAACAGGCUUGAGCAACUGAGAAGGUUUUGCGUUUGAAUUGGGAGAGAGAAAAAUAAAGAAGAGAAUCAAAAGAUCAUUUCAAUCCCAAAACUAUCAAAGCCCUAAAGAAGAAGAGCCCUCUCUCUCUCUUUCCUGUAUUGGUCGAACUCACAGAAUACUACCAAUACUUAAAUCUACUUUCAUUUUCCAACUGUCUCAACCGUGAAGAUAAAUGGAAUUUUAGUGGAUAGACCUGAAAAAUAUUCCAGUAAGGUUUUCUGCUGACUGAAAGCGGCUGCUCUGUGCAAUUUUAAUGACGUAGGGAUAUCUGCAAUGCACCGUGUAGCGAGUGCAGGCAACACAUCCAAUUCGGUGCGGGGUCGGAAGGAGAAGAGGUUGACUUAUGUUUUAAAUGACGCGGAUGACACUAAGCAUUGUGCAGGUGUAAAUUGUUUGGCUCUGUUGAAGUCGUCCUCACCCGGUGGGUCUGAGUAUCUGUUUACUGGGAGCAGAGAUGGCACUUUAAAGAGAUGGGCAUUGGCUGAAGAUGGUGCCACCUGCUGUGCUACAUUUGAGUCGCAUGUUGAUUGGGUAAAUGAUGCUGUUCUUACAGGCAAUAACACAUUGGUUUCAUGCUCCUCAGACACCACUGUCAAGGUAUGGAAUGGCUUAUCUGAGGGAUCUUCUACCAAGACAUUUCGUCAGCACUCUGAUUAUGUCACUUGCCUUGCUUCAGCAGAAACAAAUAGCAAUGUUGUUGCAUCUGCUGGUCUUGGUGGUGAGGUUUACAUAUGGGACCUUGACGGUGCACUUUCCCCAACAUCUAAGUAUGAUGCAACUGAGGAAGACUGUUCUAAUGGUGUCAGUGGUGCAGGAAGUUCACUGCCCAUUACAAGCAUCCACCCUAAUAGUUCGAGCAACACCAUUUCCUUGCACUCCCAGUCACAAGGAUAUAUUCCCGUGUCUGCAAAAGGCCAUAAGGAGUCAGUAUAUGCAUUGGCAAUGAAUGACAGUGGAUCCCUUCUUGUUUCUGGUGGAACUGAAAAGGUUGUGCGUGUUUGGGAUCCAAGAACUGGUUCGAAGACCAUGAAGCUAAAAGGUCAUACAGAUAAUAUUAGGGCGCUACUUCUUGAUUCUACUGGCAGGUUCUGCUUAUCUGGGUCCUCUGAUUCCAUGAUUAGAUUAUGGGAUCUGGGUCAGCAGAGGUGUGUGCAUUCGUAUGCUGUGCAUACUGAUUCUGUAUGGGCACUUGCUAGCCCUCCAACAUUUAGUCAUGUUUAUAGUGGUGGAAGAGAUCUCUCUUUGUACUUAACAGAUUUGGCAACAAGGGAAAGUGUCUUGCUUUGUACAAAGGAUCACCCAAUUUUGCAGUUAGCAUUACAUGGUGAUAGCAUGUGGGUCGCUACAACUGAUUCUUCUGUACAUAAGUGGCCAGCAGAAGUGCGUAAUCCCCAGAAAGUUUUCGAAAGAGGGGGUUCGUUCUUAGCUGGAAACUUGUCCUUUUCGAGGGCAAGGGUUUCAUUAGAGGGAUCUACCCCUGUACCUGUCUAUAAAGAACCUUCCUUUAGCAUUUAUGGAACUCCAGCAAUUGUGCAGCAUGAGAUUUUAAACAACAGAAGACAUGUGCUGACCAAGGAUACUGCUGGUACAGUUAAGUUGUGGGAGAUCACAAGAGGGGCUGUAACUCAAAACUACGGAGAGGUUUCAUUUGACAAGAAAAAGGAAGAAUUAUUCGAGAUGGUAAGCAUCCCUGCAUGGUUUACUGUGGACACUAGGCUCGGAAGCUUGGCUGUACAUUUGGAUACUCCACAAUGCUUUUCUGCUGAGAUGUACUCUGCUGAUCUCAACAUCUCUGGGAAACCUGAAGAUGACAAGGUCAAUUUGGCACGAGAAACACUUAAAGGGCUGUUGGUCCAUUGGUUAAUCAAAAGAAGGCAGAAAUUUGGAUCUCAAUUGUCAAUCAAUGGAGAAGUCCCAUCUGGAAAAGAUGUAUCUACAAGGAUUUUGACUACUUCUAGAGUGGAAGUAGACGGUAAUGCUGAUAAUGAUUCUGCUGUGUUCCCCCCGUUUGAAUUUUCAGCAGCAUCUCCUCCAUCCAUCAUGACUGAGGGCUCUCAAAGUGGUCCUUGGAGGAAAAAGAUCACUGACUUAGAUGGAAUUGAAGACGAGAAGGACAUGCCUUGGUGGGUUAUAGACUGCGUGAUGAACAAUCGUCUGCCUCCCAGGGAAAAUACCAAAUGUAGCUUUUAUUUGCAUCCAUGUGAAGGUUCUACUGUCCAGAUCCUUACGCAAGGCAAACUGAGUGCACCUCGCAUAUUAAGAAUUCACAAAGUUAUCAAUUAUGCCAUAGAAAAGCUGGUUCUUGAUAAGCCUUUGGAUAGCAUAAACUCGGAUGGGGCUUUUGCUCCUGGUAUGCAUCGAGCUACUGGAGUAGAUGAUUCAUCCCGGACUGGGCCGAAGCCUUGGCAAAAGCUUAAGCCAUCUAUAGUGAUCCUGUGCAAUAACCAGGUUUUAUCCCCUGAAAUGAGCUUGGCAACUGUACGGGCCUAUAUAUGGAAGAAACCUGAAGAUCUUGUACUUAAUUACCGUCUGUUGCAGAGCAAGUGACAGGAAUGAAAGUUAUAAGGUUCGGAGUGGCUUGAGGUAAUGGAGCUCUGUCCAUACAGAAUACUUCUGAGGGUAAGCAAUCUGCUGCAGUGCUUGCUGCUGGCGUUAUUUAUUGUUUGUACAUCCGGGAACCAGAUGGUUGGAUUCAUUUGCAAAAUUUUAACGACAAUCCAAUUUUACCAUUUUCCCAUUGAAUGAUGGUAAAUGAUUUUGUCGAAUCCAUUAGAAGAAAUGGAAGGUUUGCAUGGCUAGUAGGUCGAUGCAAUGUUUAUAUAAAGCUGAGUUUGCAUGUGGUAUAGGUUUUCAGUUUGGAGGGGACAGGAAAUGACAUUAGAAGAUUUUUUUUCAAGGUUUGUAGAUUUGUAUCUGAAAGAAAGUUUGUUCUGGUAGUCUUGCAUGAACCACAAUGUAGGAACGUGAAUAAUUUAUUUGGAAAUAAAAUGUUCUUUCCGGCCAAA